GCGGGCGAUGGCCCCGCACCAGCCCAGCGCCGGGCAGUACCUGCGCUCCGACAGCGGCGGCUCGGAGGCCCGGAUGCUAGCGGACGGCCCCGGCCCCGGCCCCGGCCCCGGCCCCGGCCCCGGCCCCGGCGGGGUGCGGGGGCGGCGGCGGCGGCGGUGCGGGCCGUUGUGGGGUAGCGUGGCCGUCAUGGCCAUCCUCGCCCUGCAGAUCGCCUCCACCACCGGCCUCUUCGUCUACUUCACCAUGGCCAUCUCCAAGCUCAAAGCCCAGGCGCCGGGGAGCACGGAGGAGCUGCGGUGUCUGCAGGUUAUCAAUCAGCAGCAGGAGGGCUCCAGCCUGGAGGAGCUGAUCAGCAACCAGUCCUGCCUCAAGCUGGCCAACACCAUCAAAGACUACGUGGCCACGGUGACGGAGAACGUUAUCCGAAGGAGCGCGGUGAAGGAGGCCCGGCGGAGCUACUUCAACACCUCGGAGGGGCAGGUUCCUCCCAAAACAGCCGGCAAGCCCUCAGCGCAUCUCACCCUCCGCCCGCAGAGCCUGGCCCAGGAUGGAAACGCCAAGCGCUUCGGGAACCUCUCCCAGUCCUGCCGCCACGCCAUCGCCCGCUGGGAAGACAGCACCAUCCACUCGCACCUGCAGAACAUCACCUACCGGGAUGGCCGGCUGCGGGUCAACCAGGCGGGCAAGUACUACGUCUACUCCCAGAUCUACUUCCGCUACCCCAGCGACGGGGCCAGCGCCCGAGUCUCCGUCCCCCAGCUCGUGCAGUGCAUCAACUGGAAGACCUCCUACAGCCAGCCCAUCCUCCUGCUCAAAGGGGUCGGCACCAAGUGCUGGGCGCCCGAGGCGGACUACGGGCUCCACGCUCUCUACCAGGGGGACUGUUUGAGCUGAAGGCCGGCGAUGAGCUCUUCGUCUCCGUCUCCUCCUUGGCCAUUGACUACAACGAUGCAGCAGCCAGCUACU